AUGGAGGCUUCUCUACGACUCUCCCGCCAACCCAGUGGUUCUCACACUUUGCCAGAAGGAAACGACAAUGAAAAUAGAGAAGUUUCACUGGAACUAUCUCUUUUUUAUAAGGACAAGAGAACAAAUGAGAGCAGUUCCCCCUUUCCUGAAUGUAACGAGAAAAAACCCAUCUUCUAUAAUUUUUUGGGUCUUCAAGAGAACGAUGAUCAAGCUGAUCAAGUCGGUGAAGCUGAUGAAGGGCUUGGUCAGAUCACCAAGAGCCAACAUGGAUCGGAGGAGAUAUCGUUGGAAUUGAAGGUCGGUUGCGCUUCUUACACGACCAAAAAGAGAAAAGCAAAGGAAAACCUCCUUGCUUGUAGAAUCAGAAGAAUGAAACUUAGUUGCCGUGAAGUUAGAAGAGAAGAGAUGCGUUGCGGUGUUUCCUUGGAGUUGAAGCUGGGCGUUGAUCCCUGGGUUAUCAAGAAGACGAUCGAGACAAGCGAUCUCGGGCAUUUGUCGAGGCUCUUGUUGGCAAGGGAUGGGGUGAAGAAACAUAUCUUACCCCAGUGGGAUGCAAAUCACAUUGAAAGCUUACAUGAAGGGGUGCAAGUUUGUGUUUGGGAUUGUGAUACCAAGUCUGAACAUCAAUUGGUGUUCAAACGAUGGGCAAGUAGUGGGAGCUAUGUUCUCAUUGGAAAAUGGAUAAAGGAAUUUGUGGAGAGGAGGGUCCUGAACAAGGGUGACGAGAUUGGACUUUAUUGGGAUCAAACCAAUUCAAGAUUUAAUUUUAGGAUUCUCAACCGGGCUUGA